AUGCCAGAAGACAUUGGCAAACUCCCAAUCGACAUCACAUUUUCUCGUCUCGGAGAAUGGCUGGUUGAUCGGAAGAGAAUACCUGGAGACUGGAGAAAGCGAUUGGCAGCAGCGAGAGCUCGGAUUUCCAAGGAAUUCGCUUCCCUUCCUAAGGAUAUCAAUCCCUAUUUCAGUAGCUUAGAGGCUGAUGGAAUUGGUUACUUGGAGGCCAAACAGAUAUAUGAUAUUCUUGCGAAGUCAGCUCCAGAAACCCGGAAUAUAUUCGGCCGGCUAUCCGGUGCUGCUGGUGCUUGGGAAUCAAUUGUACGUUCUUUUGAGAAAGAUUAUGUAUAUCUUGGCGAGGCUGCUCAAAUAAUGGUUCAGAAUGUGAACUAUGAGAUUCCAUAUCAGAAAAAGCAGGUGCAAAAGAUUCAGCAACAAUUAGCAGAACUAGAGCACAAGGAAGCUGAUAUUAAGAGAAGUGCAGCUCUAUCAGCAGCCAAGUAUGUAGAGGCUUGUCAAGAACUUGGACUGCAGGGAAAAAAUGUGAGGUUGGAACUUUUAGAGACUGCAAAAUCACUUCCAAGUACAUUUAGCAAGAUUUUGGAAGUUUUAAAUGGUGAUUCUGUGUCAAGGGCUCUGGAGUAUUAUUCAAACUUUGUUAGAGAUGCUCACACAGACAUGGAUAGGUCUUUGGUCGUGUUGACAAACUUGAAAGAUUUACGUGAGCAUCCCCCAUCAUUGAAUGUCCCUAUAGGCUCAGAGGUUGUUGAUUCUGGGAAUGUUCAAUCAAGCAAUGAUGAGACAAACAAUGUGAAAGUGGAUGUAGACAUUAAUGCAGAUAGUAUAGACUGGGAUUUUUCUGUGGAUAGUUCUCAGAUUGAUUGGGAUAUUGGUACUUUGGAAGAAACAGAGGAUACUGGUAAUGGUUUGGGUCCUUAUGAAAUGGUUAAUGCGAGUGAGAUCUUGCAGAGUGCUCCAAAUGAAGCUGUAAAAUCUGAUCAGAUCCCAGAGAUCUCCGUGUCAGAGAUAUCUUGGGAUAUUAGUGUUGAGACUCCUCAGGUUGAUGCGAUUGAUGAUGUCAAUUUUCCUAAUGUAGUCGUAGACAAUCAAACAUCUGGUCUUGAUACUUCAACUGAAACAACUGAAAUCAAGGAAGGCAGGAGCCAACUUUUGGAGACAGAGUACAGGAACAAGAUUCUUGAUGAUCUGAAUGAGGUGAAAGCUUUUUUAAAUCAGCGAUUGGUUGAGUUGAAGAAUGAAGAAACUUUGUCCUUGCAACAUCAAGUCCAGGCAGUUGCUCCCUUUGUGCUGCAGCAAUAUGCUCAUGAUGCCAUCGUGGCAAUGCUAUCUGAUGUUUCUUUGGCCAUUUCACUGCUGACAAAUAGGAAGACAAGGGACUUGAUUAUGAUUCUCAACUCCAAAAGGUUUCUAGACAGAUUAGUGAGUUCAUUGGAAGAAAAGAAGCAUCAUGAAGUUAAGUUGAAAGAUGGUUUGAAGGGCAUAGCUGCCAAACGCAUGGAGCUGCAAAAUUCAUUAUCUUCUUCCUGGCCUAAGCAGGAAGCGGCUCUUGCAAAAACUCGGGAGCUGAAGAAGCUGUGUGAAAGCACCCUUUCAUCCAUGUUCGAUGGAAGACCUGUUAAUAUAAUUGGAGAGAUCAAUACCCUUUUGACUAGUGGCCUUGGUGCAUAG